GUUAGAAGACAGUGCGCAUACGCCCACCACGGAUGCAUGUGUACAUAUGUGUUGUAGCAGUAUGUAUCAACAUUAUUUUUAGUAUUAAAAGAAUACAGACGUCAGUGCAGAAAAGUAUGUGGAGAAAAAUAUAAAGGUUACAUUUCGAUGUAACAGAAAAUGUGAUUGUAAAGGAUGGAGAGGACAUGACGUGGCGUAUGGUACAGUCAUCUAACCACAAUCAACUUCCGACUAAUGAGUGUAUUUUAUCGCAGAACCGUAAAAGAUUAAUUGAAAGACUGACGCUGCAAUGUGACAUUUAGUUAAUGUUAAUAAAGUGUUGCUAGGAACAAGUGUCAGUGCGUAAUUGGAUAAUACCUUACUCAACAAUUGAAUGUCAAGCAUAGACACCAAAUUCUUUAUCUUUUAAAUAAAUUUCAAACAUCUAAUUACUUAUAAAUUCCACAAAUUCUUGCCUGACACUUUAAAAGCUUAGAUCCAUUAUUUGUAUUGUGAUGAUGAUGAAUUGAAUAUUAAAGCCAUAACACAAAAAAUUAAAUAAAUACAUACAAAAACUGACCGAUAACAAGCAUAAAUAAUGUUAAAAGAAACUUUUUUUUAAAAUAAAAAUAAAUAUUUUACUGUUAGUUGGUUUAAAUUCAAGCAUAAAUGAGAUGACUUUCCUAAUAAAGCACCGGCAAAGUGUAUUAAUUGCUGCAAUUUUUGUGUUUUUAGAAACUAUAAUAUCAGUAAAUGCAGAUGGUAUAUCAUGCUUCAAAUGUUAUGCAACACAACCAGGACACGAAGAAACUAAUCUGCUAUGUUCGCAAUUCGAUGGAAGUGCUCGAUUUCAAGUGCUCUGUCCUUCAUCGACACUUUGUAGGAAAAAAACUAUUCAUUACAAGUUCAAAUCAUCUGUAAUCACAGCUGUGGAAAGAGAUUGUGCACCUCAAAAAAGUGCAGUUCCUAUAUAUAGUUACAUAGAAAACAAAUGGCAAAAUAAAGAAGAAAUUGUGACAACAGCUUAUGAAGAAGGUUGUUUCAUUGGUGAAGAUAGAGGAGCUCCGGCAGGUCCUCCGGAAUAUUGCUUUUGCAGUUUUCACUUAUGCAAUUCAUCAAAAUCAAUUCAAAUCAUGAAUAUGUAUCAUAUUUUUAUAUUAAUAGCGACAUCACUAUUUGCAAAGUUAACAUAAUAUUUUUAUUCUAAAUACUUAUUGUUAUGAAAUAAAAAAAAGAAUACUUUUCCUUAUAGUUUCAUAUUAAGAAUAAAUAAUAAUAAGGUAUCGUACAAUUAAGUUAUUAUAAUUUUAAGAAACCAUGACUAUGUGAUACAAAAGUAUUUAAAUAAAUAAACUAAAAUAAUAUUUUUGCAUGCUAGAAUAUUUACUUAACAAGGUGAGCAAUAUUGCAGCACAUAUUUGUUGUCAAUAGAUUGUGAAAAUUAAUAUUUACAUCAUAAUACUUAAGUACUUAAAGCAAUCUGUGAAAAUUUGUAUAUAUCAUUUAUUAAAAUGAAAAAAUAAAACAAUAUAAAUAUACUUA